UAAGGAAGGGGCCUACUCACUGCACAGCAGGGCGGCUCUUCCAGAAGCUGCUUCGGAUACAUUUCUCUGCCAAAAUCUUUUGAAAUUUGGCACGGUAUUCAAAAGUCCGUGGAAAGAAAAAACUCUUGUCCUGACUUCAGCUUCCAACUCAGAGAACAGACUUGUUUCUUUGCAACGUUUUCACAACUCUAGUGACCCACGUUCUGCAGUCAAGAUUAGCUAACAUUUGAAAACAUCUGGAAGAAUGAAGACGUGGAUAAAGAUUGUGUUUGGAGUUGCUACCUCGGCUGGGCUUGCUUUAUUGGUGAUGUGCAUUGUCUUACGUCCUUCGAGAGUCCAUCACUCUGAAGAAAAUACAGCAAGAACACUUACACUGAAGGAUAUAUUAAAUGGGACAUUCUCUUAUAAGACAUUUUUUCCAAACUGGAUUUCAGGACAAGAAUAUCUUCAUCAAUCUACAGAUAAUAAUGUAGUACUUUAUAAUAUUGAAACAGGAGAAUCAUAUGUCCUUUUGAGUAAUAGCACCAUGAAAAGUGUGAAUGCUUCAAAUUAUGGCUUAUCACCUGAUCGACAAUUUGCAUAUCUAGAAAGUGAUUACUCAAAGCUCUGGAGAUAUUCCUACACAGCCACCUAUCACAUCUACAACCUGUGGAAUGGGGAAUUUGUAAGAGGGUAUGAGCUUCCUCGUCCAAUUCAGUAUUUAUGCUGGUCUCCUGUUGGAAGUAAACUAGUAUAUGUCUAUCAAAAUAAUAUCUAUUUGAAGCAAAGACCAAUGGAUCCACCUUUUCAAAUAACAUUUAAUGGAAGAGAAAAUAGAAUAUUUAAUGGAAUCCCAGAUUGGGUUUAUGAAGAGGAGAUGCUUGCUACAAAAUAUGCUCUCUGGUGGUCUCCUAAUGGAAAAUUUUUGGCAUAUGCAGAAUUUAAUGAUUCGGACAUACCAGUUAUUGCCUACUCUUAUUAUGGUGAUGAACAGUAUCCUAGAACAAUAAAUAUUCCUUACCCAAAGGCUGGAGCGAAGAAUCCUACUGUUCGGAUAUUUAUUAUUGACACUACUUACCCUCAACAUGUGGGUCCCAUAGAAGUGCCAGUUCCAGCAACGAUAGCCUCAAGUGAUUAUUAUUUCAGCUGGCUCACAUGGGUAACUGAUGAACGAGUCUGUUUGCAGUGGUUGAAAAGAGUCCAGAAUGUCUCUGUCUUGUCUAUAUGUGAUUUUAGGGAAGACUGGAACUCAUGGGAUUGUCCAAAGACCCAGGAGCAUACAGAAGAAAGCAGGACUGGAUGGGCUGGUGGAUUCUUUGUUUCAACACCAGUUUUCAGCUAUGAUGCCAUUUCAUACUACAAAAUAUUUAGCGACAAGGAUGGCUACAAACAUAUUCACUAUAUCAAAGACUCUGUGGAAAAUGCUAUUCAAAUUACAAGUGGCAAGUGGGAGGCCAUAAAUAUAUUCAGAGUAACACAGGAUUCACUGUUUUAUUCUAGCAAUGAAUUCGAAGGUUAUCCUGGAAGAAGAAAUAUCUAUAGAAUUAGCAUUGGAAACUCUUCUCUGAACAAGAAGUGUAUUACUUGCCAUCUAAGGAAAGAAAGGUGCCAAUAUUACACAGCAAGUUUCAGCGACUAUGCCAAGUACUAUGCACUCAUCUGCUAUGGUCCAGGCCUCCCCAUUUCCACCCUCCACGAUGGCCGCACUGAUCAAGAAAUUAAGAUCCUGGAAGAAAACAAGGAAUUGGAAAAUGCUUUGAAAAAUGUCCAGUUGCCUAAAGAAGAAAUUAAGAAACUUGAAGUGGAUGAAAUUACGUUGUGGUACAAGAUGAUUCUUCCCCCUCAAUUUGACAGAGCAAAGAAGUAUCCUUUGCUAAUUCAAGUGUACGGUGGUCCCUGCAGUCAGAGUGUAAGGUCUGUGUUUGCUAUUAGCUGGAUAUCUUAUCUUGCAAGCAAGGAAGGGAUGGUCAUUGCAUUGGUGGAUGGGCGAGGCACAGCCUUUCAAGGUGACAAACUCCUAUAUGCAGUGUAUCGAAAGUUGGGGGUGUUCGAAGUUGAGGACCAGAUUACAGCUGUCAGAAAAUUCGUAGAAAUGGGUUUCAUUGAUGAAAAAAGAAUAGCCAUAUGGGGAUGGUCCUACGGAGGUUAUGUUUCAUCCUUGGCUCUUGCUUCAGGAACUGGUCUUUUCAAAUGUGGAAUAGCAGUGGCUCCAGUCUCCAGCUGGGAAUAUUAUGCAUCUAUCUACACAGAGAGAUUCAUGGGUCUCCCAACAAAGGAGGACAAUCUGGAGCACUAUAAAAAUUCAACUGUGAUGGCAAGAGCAGAAUAUUUCAGAAAUGUAGACUAUCUUCUCAUCCACGGAACAGCAGAUGAUAAUGUGCACUUCCAAAACUCAGCACAGAUUGCUAAAGCUCUCGUUAAUGCACAAGUGGAUUUCCAGGCAAUGUGGUACUCUGACCAGAACCAUGGCUUGUCUGGAAUGUCCACAAACCACUUGUACACCCACAUGACCCACUUUCUAAAGCAAUGUUUUUCUACAUCAGACUGAAAUUGAUGCAGAUUCAAGCCUGUAUCACAAUUCAAAAACUUUCUAUGGAUGCCUCAAUUUGCUUGUUUUACUUGUAUCCUAUGAAGUACUGAUGUAAACAAACAAAUGAGUAUUGUUCUAAGAACUGUUGAAACUUCUGAAGAGCUCAGAAUUUCAAGCUUAAUCUUGUUCGUUUUCUUGUUCUCUGUGAAGAAGAGAAGAGGAAGGAAUCCAUACAUUUUGCUUUGGGAACAAGUAAUAUUUUACCUCCUGUCCAUAUGGAGGAAAAAUAAAGUGAAAUGUUCAAAUGUUA